GUACGGUUCGAAAAACAGAGGAAAUUCCAGCGAUAUAUACCCAGCGUACAGAAGGCUGUUCCCAAACAACCAGUCUGUCCCCUUUCAUCGUAUAUCAACCUCCUCCAAAUACCAUUAUCCACUAUCAGAGCCGAAGUCGAAGAACACCCACCAUGUUAGCAAAAAAGCCUCUCCUCCAAAAACAAUCUCCAGUUUCCGGAAUAACGAUAAUGUAUCUGCUACGUUUCCCUCGCCUACAUAUACGUAGGCAAAUUCCCUUCCAUGGAGUUUUCUUUUCGGCAUCAUACCAAGAUAGCAUACUCCUAUCAACAACACCCCAACACCACACCAUAAAGUACACUUGUACGAAAAGUAAAAAAAAAAAAAACUUACGGAGACUCCUUGCUUCUUAUUCACAACCAUGCCUCCAUCUCGAUCUACCUCGACCCGAUCCCGACGCCCCUUCGAAAACGGCAUCACCCACGCAACCUUUGCGUUCAUCGCUAGAAUGAUGGGCCUGCGCACAGGCAUGACCCGGCGCGAGUGGGAGCGCCGGGAAGCCGCGCGCGAUCGCCGACGACAGGAGCUGCGGCGACAGCGAGAGUGCUACACGCACAGCCAAGGCCGGCGACUCCCCGUCGACGAGGUCCGCGCGCGGGUGACGCUGGCGGUGCAGAACGGCGAGCGGGUUUCCUCCCGGAUCCUGCACGAGCUCGCCGAGCGCGACGGCGUGCAUAUAACCCGCGGGAGCUGGGAUCUCCGUCCGGAGCUGCUGGCUCGCAUCGUUUACCUACGCGAUCGGUACUACUUCCUGGGACACGACGGGCGCUUCUACUACAGCGUCAAUCCGACCGGCAACGGUUCUGACUUUGAUAUCUCCCUCGAUACCUACACGCCGAUCCUCGUUCGGCAGCUUGCGUAUCCGUACCGGCAGCUGUGCCGCCGGCGCUAAGUUCGAGACGACUUUGUCUCGGUGGAAAGGUGAGCACGUACCUGGAACUACUCUCUACUCAUGCUCGACUAUGGUAAGGGUAAUAUCGUACGCCGUCGUGUCAGGGCGGUCCUGAGAGGCGAUUUCCUAACUUUGCAAAACUUGUUUCGACAUCCUUGGAAACGGUUAGGAAUUCGUCUCAGAACUUAGUAAAUCGACCUGUAAUCUUUGCCUAGCACGUUAUUGUAUCUCUAGGCCCGUUGGUAAGAUACUCGAAGACACGACGUGCGAUUCUGUGAUGUCAGCCACCGACAUACCUUGAUACGUUGCUAUUAGAAGUCAUUGGGUGAGUACCGAGAGAUAAGUUAGGGUUCGGG